AUGCAGCAGCGCAAAGACGGGCAGGCAGACGCCGGCGGUGAUGAGGGCGUGGCCGGCCAUGGCCCAGGUGAAGCCGGCGGCCUCGAUCCACGGCACGAUGAAGAAGGGGUCCACAAAGGCCGACAUGUUGAGCAUGACGGCGUAGAAGGUCAUGACGGCCAUGCUCUGCAGCGGGCCGACGGCGGUGAGUACCACGGCUGGGUAGAUGAGCCAGAGGCGCAUCUCGGGCGUCUUGACGGCGCCGCGCUUGGUGAAGUGGAUUACGAGUCGAUCGCUGAGCCUGCCGGAGAAGAGCACCUCCGACACGAGUGUCCCGACGAUGAGGCCAAUAAACAAGACGUCACCACCGACAAAACCCACCAGUACCAGGCGAAGCAGUACGUCACUAUGGCGAUCGGGACAACGGUGUACCUGAACGUCUUGACGAAUCGCACAAUGGUGUCGAGCGGGUUGGGAUGGUGGAUGCCAGGGACGGGCGCGACGUUGACAAAGGGGAGCUCCUUGGUUCGCCGGACGAGCGGCGGCGGCGACGCAGGGGCGGCGGCGGCGUUCUUCUCCCGCCCCGGACCGGAGGAGCCGUUCAGCGUCGACGACGACGCAGCCAUCAAGUCCCGCGGGUACAGCGUCUCGGGCAAGAAGGCCAGCUCGGCAACCAGGAUGGUGGCAAAGAGGAUGGCGCACGACCACUGCGUCCAGGCGUGGCCGGCCAGGCCGCCCGGAGUCGAUGGCGAGCACCCACAGGCCGACCUUGGACCCGCGCUCGUGCUCGUGGAAGAGGUCGCCGAUGACGGCCAGGCCGACGUUAGCGGCGGGGCUGACGCCGAGGCCCUGGAAGAAGCGGGCGGCCAUGUAGGUGGGCAGGGACGGGGCGAGGGCGGCGCCGACGGUCGAUGCCAGGGCCACGACGGUGCCGAGGAGGAUGAUGGGCCGGCGGCCGAUGGUGUCGGCUGGCGUGGCGAAGAUGAGCGGGCCGAGGGACAGGCCCAGGGCCGGGAUGGCGACGGUCCAGUUGACCUGCUCCAGCGUGGCCGAGUACUGGUCCUGCAGCGCAGGGAAGGAGGGCACCGUCACGGUCGUGAUAGCCAUGAUGAUGGCGAGAAUCGUGUGCUUUUGCGCGCUGGACCAGUUCAAGGGAUCCAACGCAUCAUCGGCCACCGGCUGCGGGAACAGCUUGAGGCCAUUCUCUGUCACUUGCACGAGCUCCGUUGA